AUGAAAUUAUUCGGUUCAUUUGUUGUAAUUGCCGCCCUAUUUUUUGCUGUUUGUCAAGGAGAAGAUACUGGCAAAGAUGAUAAAGACACUGGUCUGUACAAUAGAGACUAUGGAUAUGGAUACAAUAAUCGUUAUGGUAAUCUAGGCUACAAUGGGUACAAUGGAUAUAAUGGACGUGGUUAUGGUUACGGCGGAUAUGGAUACAAUCCCAAUGGAUACGGAUAUGGAUAUGGUACUAAUGGAUAUGGGACUACUGGAUACGGAGUCAAUGGUUACGGUCGAUCUGGAUACUACUGA